UUCGUCCGCUAAUCAGUGAAAGGAUAAAAAAGAAAGGUCGACAGCGUUGCGGCCACCCGCGCAGACCUCAGCGAUGCAAUCUCUCCGUUUUGCUCUUCUUCUCCCCCAAACCCUCUCCUCAUUCCCAUCUCGUCGCCCUCGAUUCCUCCCCAACACGCGGAGAAACCCCACUUCCCGUACCCUCAAACCUCUCAUCGCCUUCUCCUCUCCCGCCGAUGGCGAGCUCGAGCUCCUCGGCAAGCCCUUCCCUAUCCCCGUCCCUGAAGAAGAUGGUGAUGAACCUCCCAAAACCUCAGAAGAAACUCUUGCCCCCUUCUUGAAGCUCUUCCGAUCCGAUGAACAGGGCGAAAUCAAGCAGCGCGAGCUCGAACAAAAGCCGCAUCGCGGGUUGGUUGGUGUGGAGUAUUACGACCCGAAGCCUGGUGAUUUUGUGGUCGGCGUCGUAGUCUCGGGGAACGAGAACAAGUUGGAUGUCAACGUCGGGGCGGACAUGCUUGGGAGUAUGCUGACGAAGGAGAUGUUGCCGUUUUACGAAGGAGAGAUGCCGUAUUUGCUUUGUGAUUUGGAGAAGGAUGCGGAGGAGUUUAAGGUUGGUGGGAAGAUUGGUGUUGUGAAGGACGACGAGGCGUUGAGUGGCGGGAAGGUGCCUGGGAGGCCAGUGGUCGAGCCGGAGACGGUGAUUUUUGCGGAGGUUCUUGGGCGGACGCUGAGCGGGCGGCCGUUGUUGUCUUCUCGGAGGCUGUUCCGGCGGGUCGCAUGGCAUCGAGUGAGGCAGUUAAAGCAACUGCAUAACCCGAUUGAGGUUAAAAUUUUUGAGUGGAAUACAGGAGGGCUGCUUACCCGAAUUGAGGGUCUGAGAGCUUUCCUUCCAAAAGCUGAGAUGAUGACUAGAGCCAGUAGUUUCAUGGAUUUAAAACAAAAUGUUGGUCGUCAGAUGUUUGUUUGCAUUAGCAGGAUAGAUGAAGAGAAGAAUGAUCUGAUUAUUAGUGAGAAAGAAGCUUGGGACAUGUUACACCUCAAAGAAGGGACUCUUUUAGAUGGAACCAUUAGGAAAAUUUUUCCAUAUGGAGCACAAGUGAGGAUCGGUGAGACAAAUAGAAGUGGAUUGCUACAUAUAUCAAACAUUACUCGAGCUCGUAUUAGCGCUGUGGAUGAUGUUCUAAAAGUGGGUGAGAAGGUUAAAGUUCUUGUGGUCAAGUCAAUGUUCCCUGACAAAAUAUCUCUCAGUAUUGCAGAUCUAGAAAGUGAACCUGGUCUGUUUCUUUCAAAUAAGGAGAAGGUGUUCUCUGAGGCUGAAGAGAUGUCUAAACAGUAUAGACAAAGGCUGCCAGCCGUCUCCCGGACAUCAGAAUCCUUCCCAGCUGAUGUACUCCCUUUUGAUGACGAGUCUAAAUUGUAUGCAAACUGGGAAUGGUUUAAGUUCGAACAAGAACAAGAUCAAGAUCUAGAACCAAACUGCACUGACAUUAGUACCCCCUGACUGUUGUGUCAAGAAGUCUGAUAACCUUCUUAUUCCCAGCUUGCUGUCUAUAUAUAUGCAUGCAGCCGGAGAAGGCCGGACAAACACUUGCCACCUUUUCAGUUGGUAAAGCCACGCCGGAGUUGCUGUUGCGGGCUUACUCCGAUGUCAGGAUGGAAGUUCAGCUACUUUGGAACCAAGAAAACAUCUUCAAGGACUAUGCCCUUAACUUCUGGUAGCAAUUCAUGCUUCUGUACUUGAACCUUGAGAAUUGAGAUGUGCUUCUAUUUUGGGAUGAAGGAAUCAUUACAUUAGCUUAUUGUCAUUGAUCAAUGUAGAUGGUUUAACCUGAGAAUUCUCUUAAAAUCAUUUAUUUUGUUCUUUUUAUUCUUUU